AUGAGUAAGCUAGAAUCAUUGGUUUCAUGGGCAAAAGACCACGGUGCUUUAAUCCAUCAAGAUGUCUCAUUUGAACAAACCGAAUUAGGUGUAUCAGCUAUAUAUAAAGGUUCAGGACAAUAUGAUAAUUCUUCAAAUCUUUUCCAAAUACCACAAAGUAUAACUUUAACUCCAACACUUGCAGAGGAAAUAUUUGGUUCAGAUUUAAUUCCUAAGGGGAAUAGAAAUGCUUUGACUCAACUUUUAUUAGCAAAAUUAAGAUUUGAUCCACAAGAGUCUAAAACUGAUUCAAUUAAUUUAUCAUCACAUUUCAAACCAUAUCUUGAUAUAUUACCUGAAGGUCAUGAUACUUUAUCGCCUUUAUUCUGGAGUGAUGUCGAAAGAAAUACAAUCAAAGGUACAGAUGCACAUUUAGCUAUUGAUUAUAAAAUCUCACAAUUAGUUGAUGAAUGGUAUUCAAUUGUUUCUAAAAUUGAUUCAAAAUUCCAACCAAAGACAUUCCAAGAAGAUAUAUCAUUUUAUAAAGGUUUUACAAAAGGAAAAAGUGAACAAUUUUGGAAAUAUUUAAACUUACCACAAUCUUGGACAAGUUUCCCAGCUUAUUUAUGGGCUUCUGCAAUCUUUAAUUCAAGAGCCUUCCCAUUCUUAUUAGCUGGUAAUGAAAUAUGUAGAGAUUUGAAUGAGGCUUUCCUUGUUCCAAUUUUUGAUUUAUUAAACCAUGAUAAUGAAGCUAAUGUUAAAUGGGACUCCUUGGACUCUUCAAAUGGCAAAAAUUUUAUAUUUAAAACUGAACAAAAAUUAAAAAAUGGUGAUGAAAUUUAUAAUAGUUAUGGACCAAAAACAAAUCAAGAAUUAAUGUUUGGUUAUGGUUUUGCUAUUGAAAAUAAUAAAGAAGAUCGUGCUACAUUAGCAUUAAGAAUCCCAGAGGCAAAUAUUGAAUCUGCAAACACAUUUGGAUUAAAAUUAACAACAAAUGAAGUUUCUUAUCCAAUCACAAAGGAAAACCCAUUACCAACUCCAUUAAUUGAUCUAUUUGCAUACUUGGUUAAAUCAGAUGAAGAAACCAAAAUCACUUUGAGAAAUAGAUUAGAAGGUUUACAACAAUUACAAAAAAUCAUUCAACAAAAGAUUGAUUUAUUGAAAAACUUAAAAAAUGAAGGUGUUGAAAAUGCACAAAUUAUUAAAAUUGCAAAAAUCUAUAAAAAUUCUCAAAAAGUAUUUUAUCAAUUAACAUUUGAAGAAAUUACUAAACAGGAAAAAUCAUUAUUGAAAAAAUAUAAACCAUUAUCUUUUAAAUCUAUUUAUAAACAAGACAAAACAUUUGCCAAUAGUUUAUUAUUAAUCUUUGGUAUAACAGAUUAUGAACAAUUAGCUAAAUCAGAUGAUGUUGAUCGUGCUUUAUUACUAUGGAUAAUUCGUGUUGGUAAUAAACCACAUUAUACAACAGAUAAACAAUCUCUUCCAGAUUGGAUUCAUAAAAAAUAUCAAACAAUAGCUUCAAAAUUAUCAGUUUCAAGAGAAGAUGUUAUAGAAUAUAAAGAUAUUUAUAAAGCUUUAUUCCCAGCUCUUGAAACCAAGAUUCCAGAAGUUUAUGGGAAAGGUGAUUGGAGUAUUAAAAGUUUUAUUACUGCUGGUAAAGUUAUUGCUGAUAUAAGUUUUACAAGAUCUUCAAAUAAUGAAAUUUUCUUAAUUGAAAAGAUUGAAUUAUAG